AUGUGGAUCAUCAAUUGGUUCUACGAUAUCCUUGCCUCGCUCGGCCUGCUCAACAAACAUGCCAAACUCCUAUUCCUCGGACUGGACAAUGCGGGAAAGACGACGUUAUUACACAUGCUGAAGAACGACCGAGUCGCCAUUCUGCAACCCACCCUCCAUCCCACUUCCGAAGAACUAGCAAUUGGCAACAACAGGUUCACCACUUUUGAUCUCGGUGGCCAUCAGCAAGCCCGCCGUCUGUGGCGUGAUUACUUCCCCGAAGUGUCUGGCAUUGUUUUCCUCGUCGAUGCCAAAGACCACGAACGCCUUCCGGAAGCCAAAGCCGAACUGGAUGCUCUUCUCGCCAUGGAAGACCUCGCAAAGACGCCUUUCCUCAUCCUCGGCAACAAGAUCGAUCACCCUGACGCCGUGUCGGAGGACGAAUUGAGACAUCAACUGGGUCUGUAUCAAACGACGGGCAAGGGCAAGGUGCCAUUGGAAGGAAUCCGACCCAUCGAAGUGUUCAUGUGCAGUGUCGUCAUGAGACAAGGUGAGUUUGUUCUUCGCCUUCUGCUUGGCUCCCCGGAAGAGAACGAGUCUUUGGACGAUUAUCGUAGCAAACUCUGA